AUGUCUCCAAAGCUUCUCCAUCUCCUUAGCCUCACCCUCUGGCUCUCCCUCCUCUUCUUCUUCUUCCAUGCUUGGACCAACUACAGCAACAACACUACUCAUAGCUUCCGGACCUUGAGUGUCACCGACAGGAAGUCCCUCGCGCAGAAGUACGACUUCACCCCAUUCCUACACCACCGGCAUCAUCGCCACCACCACAAGCAUCGACACAGGGACCAUACUACAAGACAAGCUGGCGCCAAGACGGACCCGCUCUAUGGCUUGGAUAAGCGGGUCGUUCCCACCGGACCAAACCCGUUGCACCACUGA